AGAAAAAGUCACCUGUGUGGCAGUCCCCUACAAGCGAGGAAAUGACUACUGUAAAGUGCUGUGUGUUGAGAACUCUUUUUCUCGUCCUCAUCAUUUUGCCCCUUUCUUUUGUUCUUUGGAGAACUGUCUCUGACAAGCAGUCAUCACGUGAUCUGGAAAUACCUCAUCAGUUCUCUAAUGAUCUGCCUGGAUGCUCAGCUAUUAUCACUGGAGAUGUUAGUGGCGAUGGAGGUAAAUUAGAAGCACUUCUGUCAUCCAGGAGAAGGAAGAAUGUUUUUUCUGAGGAUUUCUACAUUAAUGCGACAGAGGACUGUCAAGCUUACAUUCGAGAGAGAGGUUUCAUCACAGUGCCUCUCAGUGAGGAGGAGAAAGAUUUCCCCAUUGCAUACUCCAUGGUGAUCCACGAGAACAUCGAGAUGUUUGAGCGGCUUCUACGAGCUGUUUAUGCUCCUCAGAACAUCUACUGUGUACAUAUGGACCUGAAAUCCUCUGCAAAAUUUAAGGAGGCUGUGGCAGGUAUUGUUUCAUGCUUUCCUAAUGUGUUUGUAGCCAGUAAAUUAGAAAGAGUGGUAUAUGCCUCCUGGUUCAGAGUUCAGGCAGAUCUGAAUUGCAUGAAAGAUCUGCUGAACAGUCAUGUUAACUGGAGGUACCUGCUUAACACCUGUGGGACGGACUUCCCCAUCAAAACAAAUAGAGAGAUGGUAAGAGCACUGAAGUCCCUCAAUGGGAGGAACAGCUUGGAGUCUGAAGCCACUUCUGACUACAAGAAAAUUCGUUGGCAAUAUCACUACAAUAUCACAAACAGUGUUAUCAGGACAGAUGUGAUGAAAAGCCCCCCACCUAUUAGCAUCCCUAUGUUCUCAGGAAAUGCUUACUUUGUGGUCUCAAGAGCUUUUGUGGAACAUGUGAUGCAGGACGGAGAGGUUCAGAAAUUUCUGGAGUGGGAAAAGGACACAUACAGCCCUGACGAACACUUAUGGGCCACUCUACAGAGGAUGCCCUCUGUUCCUGGAUCAUUGCCUCAAAACAAUAAGUUUGAUGUGUCAGACAUGCUAGCCGUUGCUCGUGCAGUGAAGUGGAUCUAUUCAGCAGGAGACAUGAACAAGGGAGCACCCUAUGAGCCAUGCACGGGUGAUUACAGAAGAGCUGUCUGUGUGUAUGGAACUGGUGACCUCCAGUGGCUCCUGAAACAACACCACUUCUUUGCAAACAAGUUUGAUCCAGAGGUUGAUGAUAUUGCCAUUAGGUGCCUGGAGUCCUUUCUGCGUUUCAGAGCUUUAGGCUUUGACCCACUGUUCACUCAGCAAGAUGCAGCCACUAAGUAAUGCUUAGAAGGGUUUCAAAGUGUCAUUUAUGAUAUUAAAUAUGGCAUUGAUAUGUUUUUAGAAUCAAAUUUAUAUAUAUAUUUUUAAACAUUUUGUUGCCUUUAGUGUGUUGAAGAGGUGUAGUGACACGAAGCAAGCAUCCUGAGGCUCAACAGCUGAACUGAGGGAGUCAAUAUUUUGUCAAAAUAUUGAGAAUCUUUACCAAAAUGUCAGUCAUGUAAUAUCCAAACACCUGUGGAUGUCACUGUCAUUUCUUACUUGUGCUUUUUAAUACCUGGAUGAUUUCAGUGAAACCUGUACUUAUGGUGCCACCUAGUGGAGACCAAGUACAGCAGAAGAUUUAUGCAAAGGUGGUGGUGCUGCUUCUAGUCUUCAUUAUAUUUUAGUUAAACAGGGGGUUCUGCAAUUUUGUCAUUC